GAUGGAAUACCCCGAUUCAAAACAUUCGAGCGGCUCAAUCAUGAGGUUUUUCUCGGCGAUAAGGUAAAAUUGACUUGCUUGGCAAUGUCAAAGUCCCCUUUGGAAGUGAAGUGGUACCGAAAUGGUGAACUUCUGAAUAAGGAAGCUUUCGGUCAUCGCUUUCGUGAGAACAAGAAGCAUAUGACGCUGGACAUUAAAGCCGUUGAAGUCUCUGAUCAGGGAAUGUGGACUUGCCGAGUAAGCAAUCAUCUCGGUAAAGUGGAUCGAAAUUUUACAGUAGAAAUAAUAGAUUUCUCAUUCGCUUUACCGCCGGCGUCGAUUCCAAUGGAAUGCAUCUGCCUUUGGCAGAUAACGAACGAUAAAGAACGUCACGAUAUCGACUACUCAAUCGCUACUACAACAACAUGCAAUAAGUAUGCGUCCCGUAUCGAGAAGCGUGCCCGAAAAUCGUACGCUCCGAUGAUUACAUCAGUUUCAGAUCCAGUAAAACUAUUCGAUUGGUUGGCUGACAACAGUGGUGUAAAUGUGGCUCAUUUGCUUCCACAACUGAUUCCGUAUCACGAAAUGCAUCGCAUCAAUGAGACACUUCUGAACUGGCAUUCUCUCAGUCAAGAAAAGAAAGUAGAACUGAAGCCGAGCUUCAAAGAUGGUGAUGAAACUUCUCGAAGUUUGGCGUCUCCAGCUGGGAGAACAGUGAAGUUGAGCUGUCGUGCAAGCGGUUAUCCUGAGCCACGGGUUGUUUGGCACAAAAAUGGUGCCAUAAUCACGGAAGCCAGUCCACGUAUGACUGGAGCCGAUUUUAAAAUUCGGAAGGGCAUGCUAGAAGUAGAGGAUGCAGCUGAAAGCGAUUCAGGAAAGUACAUGUGUGAGGUAUUUAAUUCUUUGGGGACCAUUCGGAGAACAUUCAAUGUCACGGUCAUCAAUCGCAUGCGCGGACCACCUAUUAUCGUCCCCAAUAUUCUAGUCAAUCAGACGGUAAACGUGAAUGGUACAGCUGUUUUCAACUGUCGUGUCGUUUCCGACCUGACACCCUACAUUUUUUGGGUGCGAAUCGAUCGAGUCAACGGGUCACUACACUACUACAAUGAAACAGCGAAAGAAUACAUGUUUAAGUACACUGAAAUGGACGCAAUUGAGAAUGCCAACGUUGUUACAAACGACGAUGAAUCGACACUAACGUUAGUGAAUGUAACGCUAGAAGAUCAAGGCAUAUAUGCCUGUAUAACAGGAAAUUCGCUUGGAUCAGUACUUGCAAAUGCCACGUUAACGGUAAACGAAUUUCUUGGAAUGGUACUGCUCACAGGAAGCCCUGAGCCAGAAUACUCAACAUGGAGCAUACUUAUUCAGAAGAGUGCUGGAGCAGGUAGUUUACCAAAUCAUCCCUUACCAUUCCCGUCCUACAUUGUAAGCAUCACAUUCCUUCUACUGCUCUCUUGUUUUUGGUACUCUUUGGUAGUUAGAACGCAACAUGAUAUCAGCCACGUAUUUAGACUACAGCUAAUUGAUAUUCUUGGAGAAGGCGCAUUCGGUGAAGUUUGGAGGUCUUUUUCAAAGAUUGAUAAUGCUGUGAAAAAAUUGAAAUCGUCAGCACACGAGAAAGAACUCAUCGAUCUUGUUAGCGAAAUGGAAACAUUCAAAAUUAUUGGCCGUAACGACAAUUUGCUGAGGUUGAUUGGAUGUUGUACUGGUUCCGGACCACUAUAUGUUGUUCUGGAAUUAUGCAAAUAUGGAAACUUGAGAGAUUUCCUUCGUAUCCAUCGUCCUCGCGAAGAAAACCAGGAAACAGUGGCCAAACAAGGGGAAGAAGUUUCUGAUUAUCUAGAGCCACGAAAAUGGUCGGACAGGUGUGGCAACAAGGUUGUUAUACACAAUAUCACCCACAAACACCUGGUUCAUUUUGCAUGGCAGAUUGCGAAGGGAAUGGAAUUUAUGGCGAACAAGAAGAUCAUCCAUCGCGAUUUAGCUGCAAGAAAUGUUCUCGUCACUGAGAAUUUCGUUAUGAAAAUAUCAGACUUUGGCCUCUCGCGAGACGUUCACUGCAACGACUACUACCGAAAAAAAGGAAACGGACGGCUUCCAAUUAAAUGGAUGGCAUUAGAAGCGCUCGAUUCCCAUAUGUAUACCGUUGAAAGUGAUGUAUGGUCGUAUGGGAUUUUACUGUGGGAAAUUAUGACAAUGGGAGGAACACCUUAUCCAACGAUCGCCAUGCCCCAGCUCUACUCGGUACUCAAGGGUGGUUACAGGAUGGAAGCACCUCAAAAGUGUCCAGGAGAGAUUUAUGAUCUUAUGGUAUCGUGUUGGCAGGAGAAAAAGGAGAAACGUCCGACUUUCAAGAUGAUUGUUGAUUAUUUGGAUUGGAUGCUGCAGGACGCUGAUGUGCGACAAAUAGUUUGCUGUUUCAUUUUAAUUAUCUAA